AUGGAUAACUACUGUCCACCGGAGUGUGCCUGCUACGGACGAGUGGUCCAGUGCUCGGACAAAGGUGUGAACAGGGUUCCUCAUGGUAUCCCCUUUAACGCCCGCUACAUCCUACUCAUGAAUAACCACAUCAACAGCAUCCAGCUGGACUUGUUCAAUGAAUAUAUUUCUAUGGAGUUCCUUGUGCUGAGCAACAAUCAGCUCACAGAUGGUGCCAUAGAAGGAGCUUUUGAUGGUGUCCCGGCACUGAAGCGCCUCUACUUGGAUAGGAAUCUCCUCCAAAGUGUGCCAACAGACCUUCCCGUUUCUCUUGAGGAGCUUCGUCUGGACAACAAUCACGUGAGGGUGAUAUCGGAGGCUGCCUGGGCUCAGUGCCCCAGUCUGCUGGUGCUGAGCCUCAGCCACAACAGCCUGGGCAAUGGGUCUGAACCUCUUCCGAAUGCAGUGCUCUCUCCUCUAUGCAACCUGCGCACUCUGAACCUGGAUCACAACCAGUUAACCUCAGUGCCACUGGGGUUACCUCUGUCCAUCAAGGAGCUCUAUCUUAAAGGGAACCUCAUUGAGCAGUUCCACAGUGGAGCCUUCAAUGGGAUAUCAGGGCUGCAGGUGUUAGAUCUGAGUGCAAACAGACUGACAAACAACGGACUUCUUCGGGAUUCCCUCCUCAAUGCGACACACUUGGAAAGCCUCAACUUAGAGGGAAACAGACUAAAACAAGUACCGCGGCACCUUCCUCUGUCGCUUAAAACUCUAAAUCUGCAAGGCAACUACAUAUCUUCAGUAAAGAGAGCAGCUUUCAGCAACUUGAAAAACUUGGAGCACCUGGGCUUGGCAAGGAAUAAGCUCUUCAAAGUGGCACCAGGUGCAUUCAGGACGCUGCUGGUCCUGCACCAGUUAGACUUGAGCCACAACACCUUGCGCCAGGUGCCCAGACAGCUGCCCCAGGGUUUGCACUCAGUAGCUCUCACACACAACAAGAUUCAGUCGGUUCCUCGUGAUGCUUUCUGCUGGGGUAAUAAGAGUCUGAGUGAGCUUGUGCAAAUUCAGCUGGAGCACAAUUCAAUUGAUCUGGGGAAGCUGGACGCACAGGCCUUUAGAUGUUUACGGGGCUCUCAGGUGGUACACUUCUACUGA